UGUCGGAAUACGACCUGCUGGACGCGGUGAAAAUACCUUUCACGGACAUGCGAACCCAAUAUAUUGACGACGACGGCCACGACGGUUUCCCAGCCUUUGGCUUCCGAGCAGGAUCGGAUGUGAAAAUCGCCCACAGGCAAAUCCUGCCGGACCGACUUCCUGCAGAAUUCAGCAUCCUCGUUAGCGCCAAGCCGAAGAGCCGUAGGGGCGGAUUUUUGUUUGCUGUUAUGAAUCCUUACGAUACGGUGGUAGAACUAGGAGUCCGCGUUGCCCCAGAAGGCAUCAACACAACAAUCCUAACCCUGUACUACACAGGCCCCACAGAGUACUACUCCCGCGCCAUAGCCAACUUUACAGUUCCCAAAUUCACCGGUAGGUGGAUCCGCUUCGCAUUCAGAGUGGCAUUGGACAACGUCACUCUGUUCUUCAACUGCGCGGAGACUGAGACUGUGCCUGUACAGCGCAGGCCUAUCGAGCUUGAAUUCGAUAGUGCUUCGACGUUGUAUAUCGCACAGGCUGGGCCUACUAUUGGCGAGCCGUACGAGGUAAGUGUUGCAGGUGUUUUGACAUGUGUUGGUUUAUCAUUUGACUUAGGCCAAUUAAUACGACUAUCUCUCACAACUUAUCCAUAUAUGAAGUUUGCUCGCAUCUGUUAG